UUUUGGCCGACAGCUCAGAUAACCGUCGUCAUGCAAACCGUUGAUCGCUGAAGGGACGCGAGGUCGGGAGUUACUUUGCUCCCUGAAGAAGUAACUAUGGCACGGAGUCAAGGUGUGAACCAGGAGCUCUCUGAGGUUCUGAACCAGCUGUGGAGUCGGGAUACAAACCGUCUCAGACCUGGGACCGACUACACCAUCUCCCUACAGGGAAAAGCAGGUUACGUGGCACAGCAUAGUAACUAUGCCAGAGACAUGGCUAAGGCUCCUCUGUUCGCCUAUGUCAACGAGGGCAAACUGAAAAGCAUCAAGACCUACGCCCUGUUCAUGCGUCUCCUGGACAACUAUGAGAUGUCUACAGGCGUGUCGGAGACCGUCACCUCUGAGGAACUGAUGGAGAACGAUCUCUUCCUCAAUGCCCUUCUGGAGACAGAGGUCAUGAAGUGUGCCCACAGGUACCUGGUGAGUAAGGGCCAGUCCCCGUCAGACCAGCAGCAGUUCAAGAAACAGCUGUAUGACAUCUGGUUCAGACUCUAUCAUCGGGACCAGAGUGGAGGUGAGGACUCGUGUGGUUUUGAGCAUGUGUUUGUUGGGGAGACUAAGUAUGGGAAGGAGAUCACGGGGUUCCACAACUGGGUUCAGUUCUAUCUGCAGGAGAAGCAGAACAAUGUGGACUACAAGGGUUACAAGUCCCAGGGCAACAAAAACACUCAAGAUGAGGAUGACCACAUCCUGAACCUGCAGUUCAGCUGGAAGGGUCUGGUCAAGCCUGUGGGCAGCUCCUUCAUCGGGGUCAGCCCAGAGUUCGAGGUCGCCCUCUUCACCAUCCUCUUCCUCGCGUCCACUGAGAAGGUGACCACGGCCGUGGUGAAGGUGGAUGAGUACCUGCUAGAGGUGGUGGUGUAUCGCCACGGGCGCUCCAUCGGAACCUCCUACCCCAAACUACUCAGCAGCAACAACAGGGACCUGUAGUGUGGAGAUCUACAAACCCCAAAUGGCACCCUAUUCCCUAUGUAGUGCACUGCUUUUGACCAGGGCCCAUAGGGCUAGUAGUGCACUAUAUAGGGAAUAGGGUGCCAUUUGGGGCCUAACCAAAAUCUCAUACAAUUCAAUAAUCUAGAAUCAUCUUUCAUGUUAAAGGUUGAUUCUGAUCUGGAGAUCAUUGUAGUGUCCUUAGUUUGUUUUAGACCCCAUGUUGUUAUGAGGUUGUGUCCUCCUCCAUCUAAUCCUUACCCUCGUUCCCAGGCUCAAUUACUACCGCAUAGAAAAUCCUGCAUCAUUCACACUAAACUAUUAUAUUAGAGAUGACAGUACAGUUGAUCCAGGACCAGGAUUUUGGACAUAUUAAAGUGUUGUCUCUCUCUGCUAACAGCUCACCUUUCUGUCCUAAAUAUUCUAAACUGGUCCUUAGUCUUUCACAAACCAGAGGGCUGUUAAGAACAUUAUUAAAGCAUUUUGACAAUCCAUAUUUAUUUAUUUUGUUAGAAAACAAAGUAUGAGCUAUGAUAGGAACCUGAUCGUUUAACAUUAUAUUGACAGUAUGGUACUGUUAUGAAUUGUUUUAAACAUAUUAUUACUUUGUUAUGGUUACGGGGGCCAUAUGUCAAGUGGGGGGGCAUUUCCCAAUUGCUUGAAGAAAAUAAAACAUGUUUACAAGUA